AUGGAUAUGUUGUACUCCCAGAGCCAGUCAGUAUCUGCAUCUAAACCAUCCUCCAUAUCCGCUGUAUCUGAAGCAACAGCUGCUUCCGUCGCUGCCGUCGCCGCCAUGGCUCCAUACAACGGCUCGACCAUGUUAAGUCCCCCGCUAAGCACCACAUGUACCAAUCCGUUCAGCUCCUUCGAUUGGCUAUCAGCAGUUACACCGCCUACGGUCGAUAGUAGCUCUGGCAGUGGAGGUAGCCUAGCUGAACAAAGAGCCGCCGCAGCAGCUGCAGCCGCUGCGGCCGCCUACAAUUCCUGUAGAUUUGGUCAACAUCCGGCAGCUGCGGCCACCGAUUUUCUAUCCAUGUUUAGCAGCACCUGUGGAGCAGCAGCAGCAGCUGGUGGUUCUGCCACCAGUGGUUUUAAUGCAGAAACGACUCCAAUGGCAUCGUCAUCUCAUCACCAGCACCGUCAAAACCCCGUAAGUCAUCAUCAUCAUCGUCACGCGUCUAGGAACCAUACACCUGGUGCCCCUGACUCCUCAACGAUUUCCUCGGCGAUUGUGUCCUCAUCGUCGUCGUCGUCUUCAUCAUCAUCGCUCUCACUAACUCCAGUUUCCAUGACCACUUCUCCGGCUGUUCCGUCGCCUCACAAAGUCAACGGAGUCGCGCUAUUCAAUCCGCCCGGAUAUCAUCUCCAGGCACCAGGUCAUGGUUUGCCAUCGCCCACAAUUUACCCGCCAACACCCCCGCCAUCGGCACCAUGGAUCCAUCCAUGGUACACUGGUGACACAUUUUGA